CGCAUCCCCCGCGCAGCCCGCCCGCCCGCGCCCACCCCGCCGCCUCCGAACCAAAAGCGAAAGGAGCCGCGUCCCGGGGUGGCGUCGGGGGAGGUCCGCGCGCUCCCAAUUCGGCUGGACGCUUUGUGACUUCACUCGCUUCGCAACAAGCCCGGGCCGCCGGCGCCCCACCCACUCACCCACCCUGGCCCGCUGCCCCGCCGCCCGCAGCCGCCUCCGCUCCCGCGUCUCCCUUCCCUUCCCUGCCCUCCGGCCCGGAGGCUCCAUCGCUCCCCGCCGCGCGGUGGCCGCCCAGAGGGCCCGCACGUGGCGCCCCCGCCCCCGGAGCAGCCCGACGCCCGCCGGCUGAGCGCAGCGCACCCAGGGCAGCGCGAUGCCCCGCUUCCUUAAGGGAAUGGCCUUCGUCCCCUUCCUGCUGGUGACCUGGUCCUCCGCCGCCUUCAUCAUCUCCUACGUGGUCGCUGUGCUCUCCGGGCACGUCAACCCCUUCCUCCCCUACAUCAGUGAUACAGGAACAACACCUCCAGAGAGUGGUAUUUUUGGAUUCAUGAUAAACUUCUCUGCGUUUCUUGGUGCAGCCACAAUGUACACAAGAUACAAAAUAGUAGAAAAGCAGAAUCAGACUAGCUACUUCAGCACUCCUGUUUUUAACUUGGUGUCCUUAGUUCUGGGACUGGCGGGAUGUAUCGGAAUGGGCAUUGUUGCCAAUUUUCAGGAGUUAGCGGUCCCUGUGGUCCAUGAUGGCGGUGCCCUUCUGGCCUUUGUCUGCGGGGUGGUGUACACACUCCUGCAGUCCAUCAUCUCCUACAAGUCAUGUCCCCAGUGGAACACCCUCUCCACCUGCCGCGUGCGGAUGGCCAUCUCUUUCAUUUCCUGUGCAGCCGUCAUCCCUAUGAUUACCUGUGCUUCACUGAUUUCCAUAACCAAGCUGGAGUGGAAUCCACAAGAAAAGGAUUAUGCAUAUCACGUGGUGAGUGCGAUCUGUGAAUGGACAGUGGCCUUCGGUUUUAUUUUUUACUUCCUAACGUUCAUCCAUGAUUUCCAGAGUGUCACCCUGAAGAUAUCCACAGAACUUAAUAAUGAUAUCUGAAGAAAGAGGAAUGAUAUUUUACUCGUGGCAAGUCGCAAGCAGUUUCUAGACGUGGCAUGGGGGACAGAUAGGGUAUGAAUGCUGCCCUGCGGCAGGCAGGCAUCUGUGGCACAUUCAGGACUUGAAUUUCACAAAGGAUUCUUAAUAGUUGUCCUAUUUCUAAAGGAAUGUUUUCCUAAAGAGUGUAGAGUACUUAUGACGUAGCAAUGUUUUUAUAAUUUUCUAAACUGGUACUUUUUUUUAUAUUCACAAGUUCAUUACACGAAAGAUAAGGUGUUAUGAAAAAUGGAGAGCUCUUAUUUUUGUACAGGUUCUGUUUUGUUGUUUCUUUGUGUGUGAGUGAUUUCUGGAAAUACACUAAAUGAGGAGUUUAUUAACAAGUAACCUUGGGAUAUUUUGAGAAUAAACUGUGUAAUUUCACAUGAGGGUGUUUGUACAAUUCAAUUGUUAGUGAUCAUCAAGAUUUAGUUAAUAAAAUAACACUAACUGAUUUUUUACAUGAUCUAAAUAAGUAAAAUGCUUCUAUCUAAAAGCCUUAAUACCACUGUUCACAUUAACACUCCACAGCAAACCUCAGUUUUGAACUUCUGCCUUGCUCCCAAGAGCCAGAGGCUUUUCCUUUGUUGCUGAUUGGCAGUUUGCAUUGGGCAUACUUUAAAAAAAAAUAUUUAUAUAUACACGUGUUUUUUUGUUUUGUUUUUUUUAAUUGAUUUCAGAGAGAAGAAGGGAGAGAAAGAGAGGGAUAGAAAUAUCAAAGAUGAGUGAGAAUCAUUGACUGGCUGCCUCCUGCACACUCCCUAUUGGGGGAUUGAGCCUACAACCCUGGCAUGUGCCUUGACAGGGAAUCCAACUGGUUCAUGGGUCCAUGCUCAGCCAUGGCCAGGUGGGAUGACUCAGGAGCGCUGGUUAGAAAUCAGAAACCUUUCAACAGCAGAGUAACAUGAAUGUGAGCAGCUAAAGGGAAAACCUCCCCGGAUUUGGGUUGAGCAAAGAGGGAUAUUCAUAGGAGGCGGGAUUAUGGGAAGGAGACUUGCACUUACUACCAAACCUCUGCCAAGUUACGACAGACCCAGGAAUGGUUAUCAGGUCCGGCUGCGGAGCACCGAGGGGAUACAUGGUUUGUUCCAUGCUGUGGGUUCCCAUGAUCACCCUGCAACUGGAAGAUUGAUCAAAGCUGCAUCCAGCAAUUGUUUUUUUCUGAAGGGAGGAGGAAUGCCACGUGCCUUUACCAUGGGAACUGUAGUUCAUGGUUGGUCUCACUUUGGACAGUCUUGUUAUCAGCACUUCAUUGUGCAUGGUCUGCCACUUUUCCCACAUCUCUCUGUGAGAGUAGAUUGGGAGCUCCUUGAGGGCAGAGUCUGUGCCUUACUCGUGAUCCUUAUAACUCCAGCAUUUAAUCCAGGCGCCUCCUGGUACAAUGUCGGUGCUUACUAGUCAGUCAUUGACUGCAAGAAUGAAUGAGUGAACACGUAAAGGAAUGACUAGGGAUAGUUGUAGUGCUGCCUACUGAGAUUUACUCUGUUCUCCAGUUAAGUGAUGAAUCCAUAGUUGUUGACUGUUUAUGUUUCAUGUACUGUAAACAUUUUAAUUGUUUGAGCUUCUCUAGUCUCUGACAACUUCACUCUGGAUAGUUAUCACAGAAAUUGUUACUGGGGCUAGACAAAAUGGUAUACCUGGCCUGGCCAACAAGAAGGCCAAAAUUCACUUCAGACAGCCACUUUCUGUUGAUCCCAUACAACCUUUAACCUUGGUCUGUUCCACAUUUCGGUAUUAUUUCUCAUUUCCAAGAACUUGCAUUUCCUUGCACUUCAUGGCUGAAAGAAUCAAAUAAAAUGAAGUAUUUCUUUAUUUUA